GGCUCCGGGAGACAAGCAUUUACCCAUAUCCGGGUUGGAGGAAAGGAAAAAAGUUUCAUUUAAACCCGGACGACAAACUUCAGCAUGAAGCCUCACUGACGGCGCCAAAGCCGCGGCUGUCAGCAACGCAUUUCACCGCCGAUUUUUACAAGCAUUACAGCGCUAUAACAUAGCUUCGUUUUUCCAUUGAAUAUUUUUUUCCUGCUUGUGUUUUUCCUCUGUCUGUAUUUUUUUUGUGUGAUAGUGUUCUGUGCGUCGGUCAGUGUCCCUGUCUAAAAUGUUCAAGUGACAAUGGCUGCGCAAGUGGCAUCAGCACCGACAUUAACUAAUAAUAAGAAUAACACAUUGUCUGGCAAUUUGGGUCAAGAGAUACAUUCGGGGAAAUCAGGAGGAGGAAAUAUAUCGAGAUCUGGAGAAAUGCUUGGAGCUGUUGAUGGGACUAACACAAUGAAUAAUGUUGAUCACCACCACCGAAAUGAGCUCAACAUGGUCAAUUCAACUUAUUCUCCGAAUAACAAUUCUAACACACCAGAGAAGGAUAGUGGAAAUAACGUCACUUCGUCAGAUUCGACGACCUCUCCGGGGGGGAUGGAAACCGGGAUGAUAGAGAACCAUAAACUGAAAAAUGUUGGGAGCGGAGAUCCCUCUCAGCACCUCACACCGCCGCAACAGCAGUCACAAUUUAACCCGUUUCCUCAGCAUCAGCAGCGCCAGAUACCAAGUAACAACAACAACAACAGCCAAGCCACAAGGGGAGAGAGUGAGAAUCACCAUCACGGAGGGAAGGAGGGUGUUUUGGGGAGCCAGUCAGAGCAGCAGAUGCUAAAUAAAGUUGAUGGGGAUCAUACCUGUAAACCAGGGGAGCGGAUGGGUGCUAGGUAUGAACAUUCCAACUUGGGACCAACGACCAACAACAUCAUCAGCCAGCCCCAGAGCGCGGGAGGAAACAGCGAGUUUAAUAACUACUAUGGCACUUCCAGAGUAGGGCCCUGCUAUGAUCAACAUGGCGGACAACAAAGCACAGGGAUGGGGAUGAUGCACUCUUCGGGACCCAACAACAUGGACCCAGUGCACAACUCCCAAGAAGGGUACCACAACAGCCACUACAACCACUAUCCUGGCUACCGGCAGGGCUACUGUGGCGCGGGCUAUGGCAUGAUGGCCCCGUCCAGACAGGGCAGUAACAUGCUGAUUGGCCCUGGCAGCAACACUCCAGCUGGCCAUGUCAAGGCUGCUAUGGGAGCUGCUUCCUGCGGUUCUGGUGGAAGUGUUGGGGGCUUUCAGAGAUUCCCAGGACAGAGUCAGCAUCCUACCGGGGCCACCCCGACACUAAACCAAUUACUGACAUCUCCAAGUCCAAUGAUGCGAGGUUAUGGAAGUGGCUAUCAAGACUAUAACAGUCCCUCUGCACAACAACAAGAUGGCAUCGGCCUGGGCAAAGACAUGACUUCUCAGUAUGGCUCCACAACCCAUGGCUGGCCAGGGCAACAGAGAAAUCACCCGUCCAUGAGUCCUGGAAACGGAGGGCCAGGUAUCAGCAGACCACAGGUGGCCUCUAAGGACUUCAUGGCUAUGAAGCGCUCCCAGCUCUAUGGGAUGGGCAACAACCCCUACUCUCAGCAGCAGCAGGGUGGGCCCUAUCCCAACCAGCCAUACGGAUCGCCCACUCCACACCGAUACCCAAUGGGGUUGCAGGGGAGGGGCCAGGUGGGCAUUGGCGGGAUGCAGUACCCUCAACAGCAGCAGGGUCCCCCCCAGUAUGGCCAGCAGGGUAUAGGAGGAUACAGCCAGCAGCAGCAGCAACAGCAGGGAACGACCCCGGGACCCUACUUCAGUCCCCCCCAGCAGAACCCUACCACCCCCCCUUCACAGCCCCCCUACCUGCCACCCCACGCCCCACCUCAGCAGGAGGCUCCUCGGGAGAGUUACGGAGGCAGGAGUCAGCAGCAAGCCCCAGGGAAUCCUGGGAAGGCCAACCAAGAGGACAUGGGUCUGAUCUCGCAGGACCGCCCCUCCAGCCUCCCAGACCUGUCUGGCUCCAUAGAUGACCUCCCUACAGGUACAGAGGCUGGUCACAGUUCAGCCAUCAGUGCUACAGGCUCCACCAGUAGCCAGGGGGAGCAGAGUAACCCAGCCCAGUCACCCUUCUCACCCCACGCGUCACCCCACCUGUCUGGUCAAGGCAGCGGCCCAUCGUCCUCUCCUGUUGGGUCCCCUGUGGGCUCCAACCAAUCACGCUCUGGCUCUGGCCCCAUCUCCCCUGUCAGCGGCCCAACCACAGCACCAGGUUCCCAGAUGGCCCCCCAGACUCCUGGCAACAUGUUGGAUGUUCCCCAUCCCCCCUUGACCCAGUCUCCCAUGCCUCAGGAAAGGGGCUUUAUGUCCAACAUGCAGAGAAACCAGUCUGGCUCCCAGUUUGCACCACCACCUCAGUCGGGGCCCUCCAUGUCCCCUCACCCCUCUCCUGGUCCUGGGGGACAGAUGUACCCAGGGAUGGGGCCCUACCCCCAUGGUGGCUCCAGUGGCCCCUAUGGACCCCAGGGAUCCCAGGCAACCCAGUAUGGACCCCAAGGAAACUACCCACGUCCACCCAACUACGGCGGGACCCCCAGUGCCAACUACAGCAGCCCCGGGCCAGGCUCUGGCAUGACCAACAGCCAGGGUAUGAAUGCCAGCAGCCCCAUGCACGGCCAGGGUCCCGGGCAGCCUAUGGGCCGCAGUCCUGGUGUGGGAAGCCGCCCCUACCCCAACAUGGCCCCCAGCUCCCCCAGUAUGCCCCAGCCAGCCGGCCCUGGGAUGGGCCCUCCUUCACUGGGCAAUGUCAACCGCAAGGCCCAGGAGGCAGCCGCCGCUGUCAUGCAGGCCGCAGCUAACUCUGUACAGGGCAGACAGGGCAGCUACCCAGGCCCUGGCAUGAACCUGAUGGGAACAGCAGGAUCUGGAGCCCCCUACAACCAGUCACCAGGCAACAACUCAGGCAUGGGCACACCACAGGGUCCGCCCUACAACAUGCCACCCUCAGGGGCCGUGGGGAUGGCUGUGAGUGGGAUGAUGAAUCCUGAUGGGAAGCAGAAAACAGGUGGCAAGGAGGAGAACAUGCCCACCAAUGAACCCCCAAAACUAAAGGAUGGCCACAGUGGAUCCCAGUGUGUCUCCCAGCCCACCACCCCUGGUGCCAUGCUUGUCCCCUCUCCCCUGUCCCCCAGCCCAGCCAGCCUGUCCUCCUACCAUGGGGAUGACAGUGACAGCAUCAGCAGCCCCGUCUGGCCAAAGACUCCCUCCAGCCCUACUCAGAAGCUCAACUCGUCCACCAUGACUAACGAACGAAUCACGCGCCUGUACGAUAUGGGUGGGGAGCCGGAGAGGCGUGGCUGGGUGGACCGGUACCUGUCCUUCAUGGAGGAGAGGGGUACACCUGUCCCCCACCUUCCCGCCGUGGGCAAGAAGCCCCUGGACCUCUGCAGACUCUACAUGGCUGUCAGGGAGAUAGGGGGCCUAGCCCUGGUGAACAAGAACAAGAAGUGGCGUGAGCUGUCCACCAAUCUGAGUGUUGGUACCUCCAGUAGCUCCGCCAGCUGUCUGAAGAAGCAGUACAUCCAGUACCUGUUUGCCUAUGAGUGUAAGGUGGAGCGAGGAGAGGACCAGCCGGCCGACAGCAACACUGGGACUGGGGGGGAAAACAGGAAGCAGGCCAAGGUGCAGCUGCCCUCUCCUGCUAACUCAGGGUCCGUUCAGGGCCCCCAGACCCCCCAGUCAUCAGGCAGCAGCUCCAUGGCAGAGAUGUCAGGUGACCUGAAGCCUCCCACCCCAGCCACCACCCCCCAGGGACAGGUCACCCCCAUCCCAGCCAGCAGGAGCAGUGUUGUGAGUGUGCAGGACCCGUUCUCUGAGGUGAGCGACCCGGCCUUCCAGAAACGUAACUCUCUCCCCCUGGUGGGCUCUGGGGGUGUGUACCAGCAGGGGGUCAACAUGCCCCCUAACAUGAUGAUGAGGAUGCAGUACGAGAAGGACCCCUUCGUUGGCAUGAGAAAGGUGGCAGGAGGGGAGCCCUACAUGCCAGGCCAGAUGACCAGUGGUGGCAUACAGGAUAUGUAUGGCAGGUCUACAUCAGGCAUGGGCCAGCGCUCCCCCUACCCAUAUGGACCAGGCUACGAAAGGAGACCAGACCAUCUGAUGGGGAUGGAGGGGAGCAUGGGCCCCCCCGGGAACCAGAGCAACAUGGGACCUUCCAACAGCGAGGGCAGCAUUUACUCUCCCAACAGAUACCCCUCCCAGCAGAGACACGAAGGCUACGCGCAGCAGUACCCUGGCAUGUCAUAUGGAAUGCACCCCUCAGGGAUGUACCCUCAACAACAGCGCACCAUGGAGAGCAUGUACGGGUCCCCAGGCAAGAGACAUGAGGGGGAGAUGUAUGGCCCCCCAGCAAAGAGACAUGAGGGGGAGAUGUACGGCCCCCCAGCAAAGAGACAUGAGGGGGAGAUGUACGCCCCCCCAGCAAAGAGACAUGAGGGGGAGAUGUACGGCCCCCCAGCAAAGAGACAUGAGGGGGAGAUGUACGGCCCUCCAGCAAAGAGACAUGAGGGGGAGAUGUACGGCCCCCCAGCAAAGAGACAUGAGGGGGAGAUGUAUGCCAUGCAGUAUAGGGGCCAGCAGUCUGACAUGUACAACCACUACACCACUGGUUACUCUGGACCUGAGAGGAGGCCCAUGCAGGGCCAGUUCCCCUACCCUUCCCCCUAUAGCCGAGAGCGCAUGCAGGCCUCUGGCCAGGGGCAGCACCCCAUGGGCCCCCAGAUGAUGUCUGGGGGGCCACCCUCUAACAACGGAGUGGAAGGACCCCAGGGGCCCAACAUGUGGCCCUCCAGGACAGACAUGGGUUAUCCCUACCCCAACAGACAGGGGGCACCCUCCCAGGUACCGCCAUACGGUCCUAUGGGGAGAGGAGAUGAUUUGGAGGGCCGACCCAUCCAGGAUGGUCAGUGGCUUGGGUACGGAGGCCAUCGCCAGUCCUCCUACAUGUCAGGUGGUAUGACCCCCAUGUCCUCCCGCCAGCCCCCCUCUGCAUACCAGACCUCCCCCUCCAUGGCCAACCACCUGCCCCGAGCCCCCAGCCCCGGCUCCUUCCAGCGCUCCAUGGAGGCACGCAUGUCCCCCAACAAAGCUGUCUUUAUGGGCUCCAUGAAGAUGCCAGGCAAACCAGGGAUGCCCAUGCCAGGGCAGGGUAAUGGGCACCCAGGCCAAGUCGCACCUAACCUGCUGAGAGAUCUCAACUACCCUCUAGGAUCUGUAGAGGCCACCAUGCCCGUUUUCAAGCCACGUCGCAAAAUUACCUCAAAAGACACUGGAACCCCAGAGGCGUGGCGAGUGAUGAUGUCUCUGAAGUCAGGUCUGCUGGGUGAGAGUACGUGGGCCCUGGACACCAUCAACAUUCUGCUCUAUGAUGACAGAUCUGUGGCCUCCUUCACCCUCACACAGUUGCCUGGCUUCCUGGAGCUGAUAGUGGAGUACUUCAGACGCUGUGUGAUGGAGAUCUUUGGCAUCCUGGAGGAGUAUGAGAUAGGGACCAUCGGCCAGAAUACCCUCCUUGGGGCUGAAGCCUGUGACCAAGGGGAGGAGCUGACCUCUGAACCUGAGAUGGACUGUGAGGCCAGCCCACCAGAGCCUGAGCAGGAGCAGGAGGUGGAGAGGGGGGAGACGGAGAAGGGGGAAGUAGAAAAGGGGGAAGAGAAACCUGUUGACAUCACAGAGAAAAUGACAGCGGAAGGGAUGUCACCCCUCAGUGCAACGGAACCAGCCCCUGAGGGAACGAAGGAGGAAUCUGUAGCCGAGAUGAAGGUAAAGAAGGAAGAGGGGGAGAAAGAAAAGGAGGGAGAAAAGCAGGGGGAGAAUGAGGAGAGUGAAAAGCCAACCGAGAGUAAGGAAGCCUCAGCUGAAAGUAAGGAAGACUCUCCUUAUCAGGCUCCUUCAGAGCACGAGCCAAGGCCACAACAGGCCAGCAAGUACGACAAAUUCCCCGUCAAGAUCCUGCACAAAGAGGACCUGAUUGAGGACACGACAGAGCAGCUGGGUCACGUGACAGAGUUCACUAGCGGACUUCUCCACUGGCAGGCAGGCGGGGGUGAUUCCACCGCCCACAUCCAGGCCCACUUUGAGCGGAGGGGAGAGCACCCUGACAGGAUGGAUGGAGAGAGAGAGGAAUGUGCCAGUCUCAAUAAAGAAAAGGACACAGAGGGGGGAAAGCAGACAGAGAUGGGGAUCACUGCCACCAUCGAUGAUAUACUGUGUGCCCGGUUAGGGGCUUUGUCAGAGGGCCACCCUACCCACUCUGCCCCUACCUACCCCUUCAGGCUGCACCAGGGAGGGGGCCACCAGCACAUCACCCUGCUAGAGGACGAGCCCCAAUGUCUGGACGAGGCUCCCAUCUCCACGUCCUCCCCCUGGCAGGACUCCCUGGCCAAACGCUGCCUCUGUGUGUCCAACAUCAUCCGCAGCCUCUCCUUCAUCCCUGGGAACGACUCAGACAUGUCCCGUCACCCAGGCCUGGUGCUGAUCCUGGGCAGACUGCUGCUGCUCCACCACCAGCACCCAGAGAGGAAGAGGACGCCCCCUAGCUACCAGAGAGAGGAUGUGCAGGAGCGGGGCCUGGCCUGCAGUAAGGAUGAGUGGUGGUGGAACUGUCUCGCUACACUCAGGGAGAACACCUUGGUCACUUUGGCUAACAUCUCUGGCCAGCUGGACCUGUCCCUCUACCCAGAGACCAUCUGCCUGCCCAUCCUGAACGGCCUGCUCCACUGGAUGGUGUGUCCCUCUGCCGAGGCCCAGGACCCCUUCCCCUCAGGCACCCCCCACUCGCCCCUCACCCCCCAGAGACUGGUGCUGGAGUGCCUUUGCAAGCUGAGCAUUCAGGACAACAACGUGGACCUGCUGCUGGCCACGCCGCCCUUCAGCCGCCAGGAGAAGCUGUAUGCUACCCUGGUGCGUUACGUGGGCCAGCGUAAGAACCAGGUGUACCGCGAGAUGGCCGUGGCCACCCUAUCCAACCUGGCUCAAGGAGACUCUACGGCAGCACGCGCCAUCGCCAUACAGAAGAAUAGUGUGGGUAACCUGAUGGGCUUCCUGGAGGAUGGAGUGAGCAUGGCCCAGUACCAGCAGAACCCCCACAGCAUGCUGCACAUGGCCCACCACCCCCCCAUGGAGCCCCCCAGCAUUAACAUGAUGUGUCGGGCUGCCAAAGCUCUGCUGGCUAUGGCCAAGGUGGAGGAGAACAGGCCAGAGUUUGUCCUGUAUGAGGGACGAAUCCUGGACAUCUCCAUCUCCUCUGUGCUCAACCAGGGGGUGAACAGCAUCAUAUGUGAAAUACUUUUUCAGUUUGUAAAAAAAUUAUGACAGCAGGAUAGACGGACCUGAGCCAAGAGACAGACAGAGAGACGAUGAGAGGAACACAUUAUUCUGUGGUUUUAUAUUUUUAUUUAAAUGAAAUGGAAGAACUUUUUUUUUAGAUAUAAAAUAUAUAUAGCUCCUCUGCCCCCAUUAACGCUUUGGUUUUGGGAUUUGAAAGAUGAUUUUAAUACAGAUAUUUAAUACCUGCUGUUGUUUAAGUGUAUAUUGUUUGAAUACUUAUUAUUUCUUUGUUUUCUUUUGUUUAACCAAAGCUGGUGCCAGAUUUUGGAGAGGAUUCUUUCAUUUCAUUUUUCUCCUUUGAAAUGUUUUGGAAUUGUAUAAAUGUUCAUAUCUGUAUUGACCAUAUGUGGUUUGUUUUUGUUUACAAAGAUCAUAUUUAUUUAAAUGGUGAAAAAUAUUGUAGAUAAAACUUAACUUGCCAAACUUUCAGAAAAAGAGAACACUGAUUUUAAACAAACAUGUAAAUGUUUCAAUUGCUGGAGAAAAAUGUGCAAUAGGCCAAGUGCGAGUUGUCUGUUCAUGGCACUUGCAAUAUGUAAUUUUGACCAUGGGUAGGCAGUGUUGCAUCAGCCAAUUAGAUUUGUUUUUAACAGUGUCAAAUGUUUGACUUGCUUCAUUGUUGUCACUCAUUGCUACUACAUCCGGGAGUCAACUUUUUCAAAAGAACAGUAUCUUAAGCACCUGUGUUGCAUUUGUUUUAUUUCCUUUUUAUCUCAAGUUGGUACUAUGUACUGUAUAUAGACUGUUGUACAUUGAAACCACUUUCACUUUACAUUCACUAUCAAAAAAAGUGUCAGAUUAUUACAACUACUUUUUAUUAUUGGUGAGAUUUGUUAUUGUUAUUAUACAUAUUUUGUUAUUGGGGUCAGAUAUUUGAACCUGGAGGUUGUGUAGGUCUCUGUAUGUAUAACGUUCCUCUACGCAUUGUACUAUAGCUUCAAGCUGAUCAAACAAUAUUUGGUCAUCAAACGUGAAAGUGCCAGGGUCAGGGAUAACUCGCUGAGGUUACAGAACUUGUGAAUAUAUUUAUUUUAUUGUAUGUCCUCCAUUCAUGUAAAUGGGUAUAUUUUUGAGCCAAGACAAUGUAGUUCAAAAAUAAACCUCAGAAAAGAACCCACAACA